UCGCGCUCUCUCCCUCUGGCCUCCUCAAACCAUUUCUCUCUCUCUCUCUCUCUCUCUCUCUCUCUCUCUCUCUCUCUCUAAACCAUUGUAUAUGUAUAUUUUUUUCUCCCUGUAUCUAUAUUUGGCACUGGAUUGUUUUGCUGUAUCUACGCAGAGAUGCAUGGGGGGCCGCAAAUUCAGUGGGGAAUCCGGUCAUAAAAACGUCUCCCUCUCUGAUUCUUUCUCCUAGUCCGACAUUUUGUCUCUGAUGUCGGCAAGAGCUUAAGCUUUGGUGUUGUGGUAUGAUCGAUUGAUCCUCUCGCACAUUUGCCGUCUCACGUGAGCUAGGUUGCAAACUACAAGCAUGAGUGCUGACACUAUGUCUGGACCCCUCGAGCGACCCAUCAAGCCAGGUCUCGAAAGAUCUGACAUGGAAAACUCUGAGGAUGAGAAGAAGACAAGGCUUGGGUCUCUCAAGAAGAAGGCAAUUCAUGCCUCGACAAUGUUCAGGAAUUCUCUGACAAAGAAGGGCAGGAGAAACAGCAGAGUUAUGUCUGCUGCAUUUGAAGACGAGCAUGAUGCAGAGGAACUUAAGGCAGUGGACGCAUUUCGCCAAGCUCUUGUCCUCGAAGAAUUGCUACCUGCUAAAUAUGAUGAUUAUCACAUGAUGCUAAGAUUUUUGAAGGCGAGGAAAUUUGAUCUUGAGCAAGCAAAGGAAAUGUGGGCUGAUAUGAUCAAGUGGAGAAAGGAUUUCGGUGCUGACACUCUCAUGGAGGAUUUUGAGUUCAAGGAAAGAGAUCAGGUCCUUGAACACUACCCGCAGGGACAUCAUGGGGUUGAUAAGGAUGGGCGACCUGUUUAUAUUGAAAGACUUGGCAAAGUUGAUCCAACCAAGCUUUUGCAAGCCACGACAAUGGACCGCUACUUGAAGUACCACGUCCAAGAGUUUGAGAGGACCUUUGUUGUCAAGUUCCCAGCCUGUUCGAUUGCAGCAAAGAAGCACAUCGAUCAGAGCACUACUAUCCUGGAUGUUCAAGGAGUGGGACUGAAACAUUUCAGCAAAGCUGCAAGGGAGCUUAUUCAGAGCAUUCAAAAGAUUGACGGCGGCAAUUACCCUGAGACACUGUGCCGUAUGUAUAUUAUUAAUGCGGGUUCUGGAUUUAGGCUGUUAUGGAACACCGUGAAAACGUUCCUGGACCCCAAGACUACUGAAAAGAUUCAAGUUUUGGGCAACAAAUAUCAGAGCAAGUUGCUUGAAGUCAUUGAUGCUCGUGAGCUACCAGACUUUCUGGGCGGUACAUGCACUUGUGCAGACAAAGGUGGAUGUAUGCGUGCGGAUAAGGGCCCAUGGAAUGAUCCUGACAUAUUGAAGAUGAUUCACAAUGGUGAAGCCAAAUGUUCAGCAAAAACUUUGAUUUCGUCCAUUGAUGAGAAGACAAUUACUGAGGAUGAGAGUGCAAAUCCUAAGGGUGGGAAGAAGUGUGACUCUUUUAACUCAGGAGCAGUUUUGGGCAUGGAUGAUAAAUGCUCUCGCGGGUAUCAAAGAGAGUAUGUACAUCCACAACUCUAUCCUGUUCGUGAAGAAGCCACUGGCCACGAGCAUGAUUACUUUGCCCCAAUGGUUGAUAAGGGUGUUGAUGAAACUUUUUGCAAAGCUUUACAAAGUGACAAAUUUGCCCCUUCUAAAGACUGUUUCACAGUGCAUGAAGCUAGCAAGCCUUCUCAAGGAAUAAGCAACCAGAUUUUCACCGGGGUCAUGACCCUUGCAAUGGGCUUCGUGACCAUGGUCCGCUUGACUCGCAACAUGCCAAGAAAGCUAACCAAUGCCACCCUCUAUUCUAGUUCCAUGUUUGGCGACGUUGAUCCCAUGAUGAAACCCCAGGCCCAGCCUUACCAGUUACCGGCACCCGCCAUCUCCACUGCCGACUAUUUUUCAAUCUUGAAGCGCAUGAGCGAACUAGAGGAGAAGGUGAUUGUUCUCAGCAACAAGCCUGCAGUUAUGCCUCCCGAGAAAGAGGAAAUGCUCAAUGCUGCUCUAAGUCGUGUUGAUGCGUUGGAGCAACAGCUUUCGGCAACCAAGAAGGUUCUUGAGGAUGCUCUUGUUCAACAAGGCGAACUAGUGGCCUACAUUGAGAAGAAGAAGAAGAAAAAGAAUUUUUUCGGUUUCUGAUUGGACACUCUGUUCUGCUUCCAAGAUAAUCGCGCUGCAGAUGCUAUAUUGUAUGAGGAUAUAUUCGUGUGUAAUUGCGAUAUGAUAUAUCGGAACUGGUGGCGCGAGUGAUAUUCAGCCCCAAUGUAUACUUUGCUGGAUUUCUCAAUUAACCUACUUGUAUAGUA